GGGCGGGAAGCCGCCCACCCCCACCCCAGGCGCACACCGGUUGCACCUGAGCAGCUCUGUUCCCCCCCCCCCCCACCACCCCAUUGCCGCCGCAGCCCUUCCUCGGGGUCUGCCUGCACGGCCGGGGGAGUGGGCAGAGAGUGACCAUGCGAGAGAGAGGGAAGGUUUAACCCCUUCGCCUCCCCCCUCCACUCAUGAAUUAACUCCCAAGGGGGGGAGCAGCAGAGCCCGAGGACAGAAGGAGCCGGGCAUCCCUCGUCUGCCUCAGAGGCGAGCCAGCAGCAGCAGCACCCGGCUGGGAGCGAUGCCUCUGAGGCUCGGCUGGCUUUGGUGGGGAGGGCUGCUGUGCAGCUGCUGCUGCUCCCCGCCGCCGCCCGUGCUGCCCCUGCUGCCUGCCGGGGGGGCGCUGCUGGCGGACAGCAGCAGGGAGAAGCCGCAGGCUCCAGCCGCCUCCUCGCCUGGAUUCCUCUACCGGCGCCUAAAGUCGCACGAGAAGCGGGAGAUGCAGAAGGAGAUCCUGUCCGUGCUGGGGCUGCCGCACCGGCCCCGGCCGCUGCACGGGCUGCAGCCGCGGCCGCUUCCUCCCCAGCAGCAGCAGCAGCUGCCUCCGCCGGACAGGCUCAACUCGGCUCCUCUCUUCAUGCUGGAUCUGUACAAUGCCCUGUCCAGCGAGGAGGAGCAGGGGCCGGGGGCAGAGCGCCGCCGCCUGCAGCGCCCCACCGCUCACACCCUGCAGCGCAAGACCCUCAUCGCCCAGCCGGGACCCAGCGGCGGCUCCCCCUCGGCCAGCUCGCAGGACAGCGCCUUCCUCAACGACGCGGACAUGGUCAUGAGCUUUGUGAACCUGGUUGAAUAUGACAAGGAGUUCACACCUCACCAACGACACCACAAAGAGUUCAAGUUUAACUUGUCUCAGAUCCCAGAGGGGGAGGCUGUUACUGCUGCAGAAUUCCGAAUCUACAAGGACUGUGUCAUGGGGAGUUUUAAAAAUCAAACCUUUCUUAUCAGCAUCUAUCAAGUCCUGCAAGAACAUCAGAACAGAGAUUCUGAUCUUUUUUUGCUGGAUACCAGAGCAGUGUGGGCCUCAGAAGAAGGCUGGCUGGAGUUUGACAUCACUGCCACCAGUAACAUGUGGGUGAUGAACCCUCAGCACAACAUGGGGCUCCAGCUGAGUGUGGUGACCAGGGAUGGUCUCAGUGUAAACCCUAGAGCAGCAGGCCUGAUAGGCCGAAAUGGCCCUUAUGACAAGCAGCCUUUCAUGGUGGCCUUUUUCAAAGUGAGUGAGGUUCAUGUUCGGACCACUCGGUCAGCCACAAGCAGGCGCAGGCAGCAGAAUCGAAACCGCUCUUCUCAGUCUCAAGAUGUUUCCAGGGUAUCUAGUAUUGCAGAUUACAACAGCAGUGACCUAAAAACAGCUUGCCGAAAGCAUGAACUUUUCGUUAGCUUCCAAGAUUUGGGAUGGCAGGAUUGGAUAAUUGCACCAAAAGGCUAUGCAGCAAACUACUGUGAUGGAGAAUGUUCUUUCCCACUCAAUGCACACAUGAAUGCCACCAAUCAUGCCAUUGUACAAACUUUGGUUCAUCUUAUGAAUCCCGAAUACGUUCCCAAACCCUGUUGUGCACCUACCAAACUAAAUGCCAUAUCAGUUCUUUACUUUGAUGAUAACUCCAAUGUCAUUUUAAAAAAAUAUAGGAAUAUGGUAGUAAGAGCAUGUGGAUGUCACUGA